CAGGAAGGGAUUUGAGGUAGCCGCCCAAACCCUAGGUUCUCAGUUUCUCACACUACAAGUGUACCAGAUGGACCACGGAUGUUCCUCAACAAAGAUAUCUAAAUAUGUUGCAGAGGAAGAUAUCAUCAGCAAUCUACCGGACGGCCUCAAAGACAAAAUUCUUUGUUGUCUGCCAAUAAAAGAAGCUGUUAGAACUUGCCUCUUGUCAAGGAAAUGGCGGUACACAUGGACUUCGAUGACCGAACUGAUGUUCAGGGGAGAUGAUUUUGCUUCAGAAAAUGACAAUGAAAACGAUCUUCAAUGCAGGUUUCUUAAGUUCACUGACAUGUUUCUCUCCCUCCACAAUGGCCCAGUUCUAAAGUUUAGACUGGAUACCCUAGGGAUUGAAAUAUCUACUAGAGGACACAUUUAUCGUUGGAUGCUCAUGCUUUCGAGAAACAGAAUUAAGGAAAUUCAACUUAUGACAAGUAUGCAUGAAGAUUACAACAUCCCUUCUAGUUUUUUCUCCUGUGCUGAGCUCGAAUAUGUGCAGCUGCGGCUAUGUGUAUGGACAACUUCACAGCUGCCAAUGCUAUAUAAAGGCUUCAAACACUUGCAUACUCUUCAUCUUGAAUUCUUCACUGUUGAAGGAAACAAUUUUGGGGAUUUAGUAGCAAGUUUCCCAAACUUAGAAAAGCUUACUCUCUUUUGGCUUAUCAGCUUUGCCAAUAUCAAUAUCCAUUCAACAAAGCUCAAGAUACUUACAGUUCAUGGCCGGUUUAAUCACCUCAGUCUGCAUACUCCAUAUCUUACUUCGGCAGUCAUUGAACUGAAACAAGUUGCUGGUGACGCUUUGAAUGCCAGAUGCAAUUUCAAUGUUUCUCAAUUUAUUGCUUCUCUUUCAGAUGUUAAAAAUAUUUCACUUCAUGGGUCAAUAUUUGAGCUUGCAGAACAUGAAUUCUUGGUUUACAAGCCGCCAAAAUCAUUCAACCAGCUUACAGAGAUAAGCCUGUACUUAGAUCUUGGUAAUCUGAAGCAGGCAAAUCUUGCUCUUUGCUUAUUUCAGCAUGCCCCCAACUCGCAGCUUAUUAAUUUGAAGCUCACUUCCAAGAAUCCCAUGGUACCCACAGUGCAUUUAUGGGAAUCAAUAGAUGGCUGUCUCUUCCAGAAUGUUCGUGUAGUUGGUAUGAACAACUUUACUGCUUCAUCUGCAGAGCUAGCGUUCUUGAAACGUAUACUUGAAGAUGCACCAGUUCUAAGAAAAGCAGAAAUAAGAGAUAAAGGAAAAUUAGGAAAAGAUGACCUCAAGAGCCUCCUGAAGAUGAGAAGGGCAUCGAAGGAUGCAGAAAUAGUGAUUUUUUGAGGAUUGGUUCCACCAACUCUGAAAAGGUCAAUCAUGCCACUCUUUUUUAUUUUCUGAUGGGCAGAAUCAAGGCCAAUCUCUGAAGGAACAAGUCAGAGUCAGGACCACAUAACAGCUAUCAAACUCAUGUUUGGAACUUCAGAAAACUCCCACUUUCUUUUAGCGCGAUCUUGUAAGACGUGGGCUUUGAAAUUCUGAAUUGUGGGUGUGCAAGCAUAAAUGUUUGCGUACUUCCCCUAGUGAAGCUAUUGUGUGGUCUUUGGAAAACAA